AUGUAUCAUCGAAUCUAUACACGUAUCUAUUCACUUUUCAAACCACGUAUCAAUCCACGCAUCAAUCCACGUAUCUAUCUACUUUUAUAUACACGUAUAUAUCCACGUAUCCAACCGGAUAUUUAUCCACGUACCUAUCAACAUAUCAUUUCACGUAACUAUCCACGGUUCUCUCCACGUUUCUAUCCACAUAUCCAGAGACGUAUCUAUCCACGUAUUUAUCCAGGUAUCCAGCCACGUAUUAAUCCACGUAUUAUAAGACGUAACUAUCCACAUAUAAAUACACGUAUAAAUACAGGUAUCCAUCCACGUAUCUAUCCACGUAUCCAACCACGUAUCUGUCCACGUACCUAUUCAGGUAUCCAGCCACGUAUCAAUCCACGUAUCAAGAGACGUAUCUAUCCACAUAUCAAUACACGCAUAUAUCCACGCAUCCAUCCACGUAUAUAUCAACGUAUCUAUCCCCGAAUCUAUCCACGUAUCUAUUCACUUUUCAAUCCAGGUAGCAAUCCACGUUUCUAA